AUGAAUAAUCUACAGGCCAAUAUGCAUAGAUGCAAGGCUGCUGACGCUUUACUCUCGCAAAUGGUGACGGAGAACGGUUACGACUUAAUCAUCAUAAGCGAGCAAUAUAAAAAGAAGGAGAGUGGGACCUGGUUAGAAGAUAGCAGCUCAACCGCAGCUAUAUGGCUACCCCCAAGAAGUAAAAUCACCAUCACAGUAAUUAGCUGCUACCUGACGCCAAGCGACAGCAUACAAGAAUUUCAAGAAAAGCUCGACAAUAUAGAGGAUACAGCCAGGUCUAUAGAAGGUCCAUUAAUUAUCACCGGAGACCUGAAUUCGAAAGUCAUAGAGUGGGGUAUGCCAAACACGGACUCGAGAGGAAAGCGCAUUCUAGAAACGGCUGCUCGGCUUGGUCUAAUAGUGCUCAAUACGGGAAAUGCAACCACGUUUAGAAGACCGGGUUGCGAGGAAACCACACCAGACAUCACCCUAUCAACGGAACGCAUGGCGGGCUCAAUAAAGCAAUGGAGAGUCCUAGAAGACUACACUGGCAGCGAUCACCAGUACAUCUCUUUUGAGUUGGACACCGGAACAAACGCCCACCAGUACAGAAAAAAUACUGGAGCCCGAAAAUGGAACGUCUCGAAACUAAACACUUCGAAAUUAAUCUCCGCAAUAGACGACCAUAACCCAUCUAGCAGCUCCCCUAAAAAUGCAGAAAAAGUUGUCGAGCACACAAUGCUUAAUAUAACAAGAGCAUGUCACAAAUCGAUGCCCAAGGCUUCCCACAGCAAACAUAAAGCGGCAGUUUACUGGUGGACAGAAAAUAUUGCGCAACUCAGACGCACAUGCCUUCGCCUUCGUAGAUCGUAUACGAGAUCCAGGAGAAGAGGAGCCGCAUCUCAAGAAGCCGAGCAAUAUCAAGCGGCGAAAAAGGAGCUGAAGCACGCCAUCGAUGACAGCAAAAAGAGAAAAUGGAAGGAACUACGCGAGGACAUUAACAAAAACCCCGGUCUCCGGGACUCGGGUACAAAAUAG